UUUGGGCCAAAGGUAGGUUUUUGCCCCCCUUUCUAUAGGUCAAGAGAGAUGGAGUUAGGUCAAUAAGGUAACAUGUUACAUGCACACGUGGUAGCUAGGUUUAGUUGUUCAUGUACCCCAACAAUUCGAUGUACCCUAUUGCUCUGAGGCCCAGUUCCUGGCUAAUCCUUUCACAAACCAUGUCCAAAACGCCAAGCAACACAACCAGGAUGUCAACUCGCUGGGACUAACCUCAACCAGGAAAAUAGCUGAAUCUGUUGAUAUCCUGAAACUGAUGUCCUCAAUUACUUGAUUGCACUUUGCCAGGCUAUAGACUUGAGGCACCUCGAUGAAAACCUGAAGGCCACAGUUAAGAACACAGUUAGGCAGGUACUAGGUAGCCAAUAAAGUCCUAACCACAGGCCUCAAUGGGGAGCUCCAUCCAUCAAAAUUCAGUGAAUUGGACCAGUUGAAAGUGGUUGAUCACGAGCGUCUCUUUGCCUACAUCGAUUAUCCCUGCAGCGUAAAUUAUCCAUUGAUGCAAAAACUAAGACAAGUAUUGGGAGAACAUGCCUUGCUGAAUAAUUGAUGCUUCAAUCUUCCAAAGGAUUGGUGCUUUUGAGGAGGAGUUGAAGACCCUUUUGCCCAAGGAAGUUGAGAAAGUGCAAGAAAUGGUUUUGGGAGUGGAAAUCUAGCUAUUCCGAACAGGAUUGAGGAGUGUAGAUCCUAUUCUCUGUAUAGGUUUCUGAGGGAGAGCCUGAGAACGGAGUUUUUGACAAUAGAGAGAAAGAUUGCCGGGGGAGGAAUGGUGAUAGGAAGUUGAUUGAUCCAUUUGCUUGAAUGUCUAAUGGAAUGGGAUAGGACUCCUCUUCCACUCUGUUAAAAGAAGGUAAGAAAAAGAGUAAUGCAAGCCUUUCAGCAUCUCGCCAAUUCAUAGUUCGAAGUUCUUAUGUACAGAAAUUUAACAAACUUGAGUUAAAAUUAAUUACAUCCCUGUGAUCCCAGAAACUGCAGAGUUGUUCAAUUGACAACAAAAUCCAUUCAGUAUAUUUCAUCACCGAUCAUUAAGUUGUCUUGAGGUCUUAAUUCUGAUAGUCAAAGCCACGGUGCCGCCCUUCACCUCACCCUUGAUUUGAAACUAGAAAAUUUCCACAGAAGUCAUGAAUGGAAAUAAUUGAAAAUUAACAAU